AUGGCUUUCCAGGAAACGAAUUUCUCCGGCGCUUUGGCAACAUGGAAGGGUAUUGGUCUUUCUGAGUUACAGAAGACUCUAGAUGCACAGGGCAUUGAGCUUGUGGAGAAUCAGAAGGAGAGUGUGGUAGGCAGGAAGGCGUUGGCAGACAAAACAAAGGAGUUUAAGAAGAUCUCGGACGAGGAGAAGCUCAAUGCGUUCAAAGGCUUGCUCAAGGCCUACCAAACCGAGAUCGACAGUCUCACAAAGCGGUCGAAGUCGGCGGAAAACGCAUUCCUCAAUGUCUACAAAGUGCUGGCGGAGGCUCCUGACCCCUACCCUCUACUUGAAGCCGCCGUCGAUCAAACGGUGAAGAUUGCUGAGACUCGAGAUCUUGAAGACGAGGUGCAGCGCAUCCGCAGUGAGAACGCGGAACUGAAGAAGCGAAUAGCCGAGUUCGCUAGCAUUGAGACGGCAAAGAGAAGGGCUGAGACGAAACUAGGGCAACUAGAGGAGAAGAUGGAAGUUGCGAUUCAAGAGAAGGUUGUGCAAAAAGAGAGUGAACUCAACGCCGCUUACGACGAGAAAAUCAGGAAUUAUCAAGAAAGGGAGCAAGAUCUUCAGCGUCAAGUCUCCCUCGUCCGAGACCAACUUCGUGAUUUACGUACAUCGAACGAAUCUAACCAAGCCAAGCUUUUCGACCAAAGUCAACGCCAAGACCAAGAAGUUUUCACUAACCUAGCUGAAAUUGAUAUGGUCGUGGCUGAUUUAGAACGUGCAAACACGCGCGUGGCGACUGUUGAACGACGGAACGAGCUGCUGCGGGCUGAAAUCGAAUCUCUGAGGACGGGAGAUCAGACUUCAGAUGGCUUCCAGGCUCUCAAGGCUCAAGUUGUCUCUCUUGAAGCAGAAACUGAACGGCUUUCCCAUCUGCUAAGUACUCAGAAGACGCUGGCUGCCGAAGUAGAGGCUGCCGCUCGAAAAUCCCUUGAUGAAAAGAGUAAGGAUAUCCAAGGCAAGGUUGUGGAGAUUGAACAACUUCGGCAGGUGCUCAAGGGAUACUCUGACUAUGACGAGAUCAAACGCGAACUUGAAAUCAUGAAGUAUGUUGAAUUCGCAGGCUUGGAUGGAGACUUCGAUGAGGAUGAAGGGCCAUUCUCUGAUAAUCAGCUGGGCCUCCAGCUUCCGAACCCCAACGCUACGAAGGCAAACGCGCAUCAGACCGGUUCACUUGAAGUCCUCCUUGCGACGAAGAACAAACGAAUUUUGGAAGAGUUGACAAAGUUCCGAAUUCUUCAUGGUGAACUGGAGACUUCGCUUCAACAAGCUCGCGAAGAGCUUGCUUCGGCAACGUCUGAACUUGAGAAGCAACGUACAUUGAACGAGCGACUCGAAGAUGACCUUCUUCAGCUCAAUGAGCACAAACCAAGUCAUAAACAGAACGGGAAAGCAAAAGCCAAUGGUACCCAUACACCAUUGGAAGAUGCUGACAGUGACGAAGAUUUUCUUGCAACGCUGGACCUUAGGAGAAAGAACAAGCAGGGCACAGACGACGGCCUUGUGCGGACAACUCCCAUACCCUUCACGUCAGCAGCAGACACAUCCAUUUUGCCCAUUGUCACCAGUCAGCGGGAUCGUUUCCGGCAGCGCAAUGCUGAACUUGAGGAGGAACUGCGUCGUCAGUUCCAGAUUAUCUCUGAGCUUCGCACCGAGAUUCGCAGCUUGCAAGCUGACAACCUCAAACUGUAUGAGAAGGUCAGAUAUAUGCAGUCGUAUCGCGAGAACACAACGAACUCGACUCUUGACCCUCUACCCGCUGGUCCUUCGAGCUCUGCGGCAGAAAUGACCAAAUAUCGGACACGAUACGAGGAGUCAAUGAACCCGUUCGAGGCGUUCCGUGGCCGGGAAGCGGCACGGGCAUACUCGAAUCUCAAUCCACUUGAGCGAGGCGUACUUGUUCUCACACGGUCGAUCCUAGGCAAUCGGCGGGCGCGCAAUGCCUUCAUUUUCUACGCUGUGGCAUUGCAUGCAUUGGUUAUGUUUACGACUUAUGAAUGUACUAUCUCGUCAGGACAGCAGCUUCAACGACAGCCAGGACCGUACGGUUCAUGAUGCACUAUAUUAACAUCCAUUGUCUUGCUCUUGUGGAAUAUAUUUAUUGAUGCACUGUUC